AUGGGAGAUUCCUUCGACACGUCGAGCGCAGCGCUGCCAGGGCCGAUGGCGUGGCGAUUCCAACAGCUGGCGCAGCUGAGAAUUCCCAAGUUGUCGUUGGCUUUGGCUUUGGUGAUGAUCUGCACGGUCGGGAUCUUCUCUCGCUGUUUUUACAAUCUUUACCUGCACCCAUUGGGCAAGAUUCCCGGCCCAAAGCUGGCCGCCAUGACUUCAUUGCCAGACUUCUACUACGAUAUUGUCAAGGACGGAAGCUAUCUCUUCGAUAUACAGAAAAUGCAUGAAAAUUAUGGCCCUAUCGUCCGCAUUACCCCCAACGAGGUGCACAUCAAUGACCCGGACUUCUUCUCCGCCGUCUAUUCCAGCGGAAAGUCCAAGGUCAACAAGGACCCGUCCACGGUGGCUGCGUUUGGCCAACCAGACGCACUCGUCGCGACUGUAGACCAUGACCAGCACCGCACGCGGCGCGGGUAUUUGAGUCGCCACUAUUCCAAGCGCGCCGUCGAUGCAUUAAUUCCACUUAUCACCGAGCGUAUCGACGCCUUGUGCGCACGCUUUGAGGGAGCGCUCAACACAGGCAGCCGGAUCUCGCUCGACAGGGCGUUUUCCGCACUGGCGGCCGACGUGAUCUACGCCCAGUUCUUCGGUACGCACCUCGACUACCUCUCAGACCCGGACCUCAGGGUCCUUUGGCGCGACGCCUUUAUCGGCCUGUCGGCCGGGUUCCACAGCUCGCGGCUCAUCCCCGACCUGGCCCGCAUGCUCAAGAAGCUGCCACCCAAUUUCUCAAAGCUCGUUCUGCGGCUCCUUAACGGCCCUCUGAUAGACGCGCUCCUCGACCUGCAGGAGCACAUCAAGCAAACCGUCGAGCGCCUCCUCGCCGAUAACAACCCCGGUAGUCCCGCAGCCCAGUGCGUCAUUGUCGAGGUGCUCAGGAAUCCCGACAUUCCUCCGCAAGACAGGACUAUAGAGCGACUUGUAGACGACGGGAUGAUCUUCGGCUUCGCGGGCACCGAGACGUCGAGUCGGGCCUUGGCGGUCGGUUCAUUCUACCUGCUCAAUGAUAAGCCCAUCCUAGCCAAGCUACGGACCGAGCUGGCUGCGGCCACCGAGAAGUCGCCGAACCAAACUUUGACUCUUGGUGAGCUAGAGAAGCUGCCAUAUCUGACCGGCGUUGUCAAAGAGUCCAUCCGGCUAGCCUUUGGCCCCGUCUGCCGGCUGCCGCGUAUCCAUACUGAAGAGGCUCUCUUCUACCACGGACACAUAAUCCCCGCAGGAUGUCCUAUCAGCAUGUCCACGUGGUUUCUGAACUUGCACCCGAAGCCUUUUCCCGACCCUUGGAAUUUCAAGCCCGAACGCUGGAUUGAGGCCGCCCAAAACGGGUUCCCCCUUACAAACUAUCUGGGAAGCUUCAGCCGAGGAACCAGGGGCUGCCUCGGGCAAAACCUGGCUUAUGCUGAGCUCUACAUGGCUCUCUCGCGCGUCCACUGCCAAUUCGAGAUGGAAUUAGUGGACACGACAGCCAAAGACGUGGCGGUCGAGAUGGCUCACAUGGUGGGCUACCCCAGACUCACAAGUGGUAGGACGGACGGCGAGGCCGAGGUGAAGGUCAAAGUCACGCACAGGCUGAAUGCUUGA